UUUGCGGAAUUUGCAGAAGUAUUGAGAAAAACCAUCGUAUCUCAAGCAGCAACGUGCGACUACAGCAAUGGAGAGUGGGUCCCACAUAAUCUGGAGCCGCUGUACAAUGGGACAACCUGCGACACAAUCAAACAAGGCCAAAACUGCAUGGUUUUCGGCCGACCCGACAAAGAUUAUCUCCACUGGAAAUGGAACCCUAAAAACUGCACCCUCCCCAGAUUCAACCCUAGAAAAUUCCUCGAUCUCGUCAAAAACAGACACGUGGCGUUCGUCGGUGAUUCCCUAGCAAGAAACCAGCUCGAAUCACUCCUCUGCAUGGUCUCCGUUUCCUCGAAACCGGAUCUUCUCUACACGGGCGGAGAGGACAACAAGUUCAGGAAAUGGCACGUGAGGUCGCACAACGUCACCUUCUCGAUUUACUGGUCGCCGUUUCUCGUCAAAGGUGUCGAGAGAACAAUCGAAAAAGACUUCAACACGUUGCAUUUGGAAUCCAUCGACGAACGAUGGGCGGCGGAUUUGGAUCAUAUUGACAUGCUUGUACUUUCUAUAGGGCAUUGGUAUUUGCACCCGGCCGUUUAUUACUACGGAAGCUCGAUAAUCGGAUGCCAUUUCUGCGCAAACUACACCGAAACCGGAUUCUACGAUGUUUUUGGCAAGGCGUUGAGUACUACAUUUGAUUCGAUAAUCAAGAGAAAAGGGUCUAAUAAUAAUAAUCACGGAAACGGGAUUAGGGUUUUCUUGACGACUUUUUCGCCUGCGCAUUUCGAAGGGCAGUGGGAUAAGUUAGGGGCGUGCCCGAAGACUCGGCCUUUUAAACAAGGUGAGAGAGUUCUUGAUGAGGUUGAGGAGGAAUUGAGGAGAAUCGGUAUGGCGGAAGUGGAGGAAGCGAAUAGAAGGUGUGGAAAUAGUGAAAAUGAUUUGAAAUUCGAAGCUUUGGAUAUUAGUAAGUUGGCUGUGUUGAGGCCGGACGGACACCCCGGGCCUUACAUGAACCCGUUUCCGUUUGCGAACGGGGUUCUGGAGCGCGUGCCGAAUGACUGCAUGCAUUGGUGUUUGCCUGGACCUAUUGACACGUGGAAUGAGAUUUUGUUGGAUGUGAUUAAGAGAUGGAAGAGGUGAGAUUAAAUUAAUUAUUACAAGAUU